UAUAUAUUGAUCUGUCACUGUUCACGUCCUCUUUUGACAUGUCCAGCACUGAGCCCCAGCAAUAUCGAUAUUAUACAAAUAGAAGUCGACGUGAUGGCUAGACAGACUUCUCCACGUACAAUUGUCAUCAAGCUAGGAACAUCUUCGAUUGUUCAUGAAGAGUCACACCAGCCAUUGCUUUCUACCCUUUCUUCGGUCGUAGAGACUGUCGUUCAUCUCCGUAAUCAAGGACACAAGGUUGUUCUUGUAAGCUCUGGGGCUAUUGGCGUUGGACUGAAGCGGAUGAAUAUUCCAUCCAAACCGAAAAGUCUGUCAGGCAAACAAGCAUUGGCGGCUAUUGGACAGGGUCGUCUUAUCGCAUUAUGGGACGACCUGUUUGGCCACCUUGAGCAGCCCAUAGCCCAGGUGCUCCUCACUCGUGGAGACAUAUCGGACGUGCGUUGGACGAUUAGAGUGUCCUUCUAUAAUCGCUGAUUUGCCUCCGCGAGACAGCGCACGCGAUAUCUCAACGCCGUCAACACGUUGAGAGAACUUCUGUCGAUGGGGGUAGUGCCCAUCGUGAACGAAAAUGAUACCAUCUCCGUCAGCGUAAGUAAUAAUACUUCUUACCUAAACCCUCUGACCACAAUAAGGAAUAGGAAAUAAAAUUUGGCGACAAUGAUACAUUGUCCGCCAUCACAUCGUCCAUGAUCCAUGCAGACUAUCUCUUCCUCUUGACUGAUGUAGAUGGUCUAUACACAGCAAAUCCUCGGAAAGAUCCAUCAGCACAUCUCAUUGAGGCUGUUACGUCCAUACCUGCCAUUCGAUCUCAAGUCAGUACAACGACAUUGGGGUCUAGUCUGGGAACAGGUGGGAUGGAAACAAAAAUCAUUGCCGCUGAAAUAGCUACUGGCGCUGGUGUCUCGACUAUUAUUACCUCAAGCAAGCGUCCCGAAAAUAUUUUCAGCAUAAUCGAAUAUCACAACACCCAGAAAACGUCCUUGAGUCACAUGGUACCUCAAGUUGAAACAGCUUCAAGAUCCCCCGCUGAGCUUUUUCGGCCACCACACACGAUUUUCUUGGCAUCCCCGAAUCCUAUGACGGAUAUGAAAUCUUGGAUAACGCAUACUUUGUUUCCUGCUGGGAGCGUGGUUAUAGACGGUGGUGCUCACCAUGUCUUGUCGAGAAGGGAAUCGGGUGGUCGCUUACUUCCUGCCGGUGUGAUUGGCGUUAUUGGUGCUUUCGCGUCAGGUCAAGCUGUACGGAUAGUCGUAUUGAAGGAGCCGUGGUCAUCUGCCGAUAUCCAGGAAGCGAGCUACAGUGCACAGUCCACUAGACCUAGCUCACCGACAGGGCAAGUGGACUCGGCGACGCUGUCUCGAUCUGCAUCAAAUUGGGAUCUGACGAUUCAAGUAGAGGACGAGCGUCUGAGCGAAGACAACGUUACUGAGGUCGGGAGAGGUCUAGCCAAUUACAAUUCUAUGCAAAUAUCACAAGUGAAAGGGAGAAAUAGUUCUUACAUAGUGAAAAUUCUCGGAUAUGCUGAUUCCGAGUACGUCGCAGAAAAUAUCACGAUACGUGUAGCUCCGUGAGACUAAAAGCGACGACCGUACAAGUACUUGGAAGUUGAAAUAGUAUGUACUAUAACCCCAUCCGAUAAGAUAUCAUGUGGCUGUGCAGAAAUAAUGUUUCUUUAUACCGGGC